GGCCUUGGUUUUCUGUUGCAACUGCUGCUUUUAACUUCCUCAACUCCCCUUGGCCCACUUGGCCACACCAAGAUUCUACAUUAUGGGUUCCCUUUUCUGUAUUAUUUUAUAAUCUUUUCCUUCUUUUUUUUCCCUGUUAUAAAUCCCUCAUUAUUAUGACCCUCUCGACUUCUUUCUGCUAAAAGGAAAUCUAGUCUCUCUUUUCUCUUUAGGUGAUAGAAUUUUGGUUUUCUUUCUUGUUAGAUUGAUGGAGGAUUACUCUCUGAAUUCAUCUUUACACAAAUCUGUUGCUUCCAAAGGAACAACAGGUGAGGAAGAGAGUGGCUGGACUGCUUACUUUGAAGAUUUCUCAAACGAUGAUCAGCAAAAUAGUUACUGUUCUAGUUUUGGUCGUAGCUCUUCCUUGAUCUCCGAUGCUGCAACAACCGGCGCUGCAUGGAAAACAUCCCACAAUAACCAUCAUCUUUUUGCCUGCUCUUCGUCCUGUGCCGACAGCUCCCCGAAGAUUCUUCCCAAGAAAUUACGUUUCAAGAAAACAAGAACCAAAGAAAUUUGUGACGAGGAUGAUUCCCUGGAGGAUACUGCUAGUUCUCCUGUCAACAGUCCCAAGGUUAGUGAUUUGAUGAAAUCGAAUGAUAUGAAUCUCAGAAAAAGAGAAGAUCAAAUCCAUAGUUCUCUGGGGAAGGAAACUGCUUCAGAGAAUUAUUCAGAGAUACAGAAUGAGAAAGAAAGCAAAACGAAUUUUGAUCAUGGGAAGAACAAUUGUACAGAGUUAAAGAAAAGAGGGCUGUGUUUAGUUCCUUUGUCCACGUUAGUUAACUAUCUUGGUUGAUACUCAACAUUAUAUUAUUAAUCUCUCUCUCUCUCUCUCUCUCUCUCUUCCUCUUCCACCAACUCCCUCUCUCUCAUGUUCUUCCAUGUAGCUAGCAAGUACCUGUCAGAUCAUUGUAUAAAGAAAAAGUUUCUGUCAAUAUGUAUAUGUUUGAUUAUAGUGUGAGCAGCAUCCUAUCUUUUCUCUUCA